AGUGACCAGAUACUGGUGACACUGACAGUAAACAGAAUCAUUCUGAUAGAGUCACUGCAGACCAAAGCCAAGUAGACUCGAAAUUACGAAAAGAGUAUGCAACCAUCUGCGAGACGAAGAACGCACAAGUAAUCAAACUAAUUUUGGUGAAUAUCGGCCCUUCCCUAGCAGAAGCAGUAGAGCCUAGAGGUGUGUUUAUGAGCACUGUGGUAGUCAUACGACACUCGUACUCGGAGUAACCGGCCGCGACAACACGCUCAGCGACGUUGCAAACGUAAUAGGCAAGCUCUGGUUCGCUUAUUGAUAUUCCACACCAUUGCGGCCGUGAGUGAAUUCAACUGAACCCUUGUCGGGCAGCGCGUCCGCUAGCAUUCCGGUGGUCUUCCUCGCCAAGGCCACUGGCCAAUAUGAGUGACGUAGAUGAGAUUAUCAAGCGCAUGCAGAAACACAAGGGUGUAGUUGGCCUUGUGGUGGUCAAUGAUGAAGGAAUACCAGUCAGAACGACACUGGACAAUGCCACGACCGUGCAGUACUCUGGUCUUAUACAGCAGCUGGUGGCCAAGUCACGCGGUGUUAUCCGCGACCUAGACCCAGUGAAUGAUCUCUGCUUCUUACGAGUGAAGUCCAAGAAACACGAGAUCAUGGUGGCGCCUGAGAAUGACUACCUACUGAUUGUUGUGCAAGACAUCAUGGAUGACGAACAGUGACACAGAGAGCUGUUGAAUGCAGCUAAUCUGAAGAACCCGACAACAGAUGACGAACAAAACUGCCCACGGUUUCUGUCCUGCCUGUGCUUCAACUAACAGUGUAUGAUCAUUGUCAACUAACAGUGUAUGAUCAUUGUCUGAUUAUUUGAUCAUGUGACUAUCUCCCUUACUUACACCCUCACCAUACCAACAAACAGAGCUGUUCUAAUGAAUAUUGCCCAUCUCAA